UUUUUACUAGAAUAUUAUGCAAAGAGUAGAGUAGUAAAUGUUGAAAUGGCCGAGUAAUGAACAGAAGAGAAAGACCCCAAAGAGAAUCUCAUUGUUACUUACGUCCUAUUGUAAAUUUUCUCUAGAUUUUUUGUAUUUUUUCAUCGCAAGCUGUCAAAACUUGUUUUUAUAGAAUUUGCUUUUGUGGUGCAAUAUUCGGCACGCCCAAACAAACCCGUAUUCAGUCGCUACAGCGUGUGAUUAUCAGUGGUGCAAAUUCUCAUUUUCAAAUGCCAGCUUUCAGCUCAAUCAAACCCAACCAUGAUUCAAAUUCAAAGCCUCCCUUAAUCAUUCACUUUCAAGUUGGCGGAAUUUUCAUAACCAAACCGUACGUCUUCAUUUCAAAUUGAUGCUUUUUCAUUCAUCAACCAAAGCUGUCAUCUGCUCUGUAGAGGCCAGUUUAGGUUAAAUUCUGGCAUAUUUUGCGUUUUAAAGCUUACAUUAACAGUAAGAAGUAUGUUCAGAGUAGUUUUGCUUGAAAAACUUAGUAAAUAUCCCAGAACAGAGAUAUUCACAGGGUCAAUGAAAUCGAAAAUGAAUGGAAAAUGAUUGAGCAGCUCGGCUGUUUGAAUGAAUGAUGCAAACGAAAAACAGGGAAUUGAACAUAGUAGGGCAUGAUUUGAGAUUUGUUCUUUAUUCAAGUUCAAAACAACCUGGUGAAAAUUUGCAGCUCUGGUGAUUAUACAGCUGAAGAAGUCAGUACCGUGUUCAGUGCACUGUAAUUUGUAAUAUCGAGCAGCAACCAUAGCGGACACACAUCAUCGAACACCAGCAACAGAAUACCAAGGUCACCAUGGUCAGCAGCAGAACGCAGUAAUAAUGAGGCAACAGUAAACACAACUAGGGACGUUUCGAUAUUAAAAUACAUCGAUACUUAGAAUCGAUACUGGUAUCGAAUGCAAGAAAAUUUUCAAGUGCUGAUACGGAACUGUGCUUUUAUAGUAAAAAUGCGGUGUUUUGUCCCGAAAUGCACAAAUCGUGAGAUCCAGGGUGAAGCUCGUCCAUCUGUUUCCUUUCAUCGUGCACCAAAGAAUCCGGAUGUGCGAAUUCAGUGGUUUUCGUUUUGUCGUUUGAAAUAUGACAGUGUGGUAAAUUUGCGAAUAGGCUCUGCACAUUUCAAGAGCGAAGACUUUGAGUCGAACGAUUUUCGUCGAGCAUUUUUCGGAAAACAGCGCAGACUUUUAGUAAAAAAUGCUAAACCAUCGAUUCGUUGCCCUCCCUUUAUGCGUGAAUCCGAUGCCGAUAAAGCUGAAACGCAAGUGAACGGGCUUAGUUUGCUGAUGCAAGCGGUAUCCUUCGUAGAGCAAACUGAUGCAUUGGAUGAUUCUCCAGAAAUAGAUUCGCCUCACAUAGUCCCAACACUUGACAACGACGAUGAAAGUCAAACGAACGAUGUGAGUAUUUUAAUAAAAGCAGCUGCAUAUAUCGAAAACGUAGUGGUUCCCGACAGUACACUAUUUCCACGGAUUGAAUCGGACGCUGUCGCCGUUUCUAAGUUAUGUUGCAACGUUGAGCAGUCUAGUACGCCGAGUACAGAUUCGUAUCGUUAUGUCUCAACAAUGGUCGGUCAAAAGCUUGUUGUCGAAACAUGUCCUGAUGAGCCACCGGCUGCAUAUGUCGAAAAACCAUUACCGGUGGAGCGUAGCUUAAAUCAAAUGGCCAUCUGUCACGACCAUACCUAUAUUGCGAGCCUUGAAACAAAGUCAAGUGAAUCAUUUGAUGCGCUAUACUCGAAAACUAUCGAGGAUGAUUUGAAGCAAGAAAAGGCAUUUUCAAGAAGAUUGAUCAAGGAACUUGCUGAAGUUCAUGAAAAAUUGCACAAGGAGAGAAUAGCUUCCGCGAAUGAAUUAAAAGUCAGGCAGAAAGAAAUGAGGAUGAAAGAGGAACAAAUCCAUACUUUACGUUCGGCAUGUGUAGAAUUGAACGUCAUAAAGGAAGGCAUCAUUUUAAAUCGAAUCAAAGAAACAAUGGGUAAAAUUCUUACACCCAAUCAAAUAGAUCUUCUUCUUGGUCUGAAGAAAAAGGUUCAUUGGACGGCAGAAGAAAUCGCCCUUUCUUUCACUAUAAGAUACCAUGGGAAAUCGGCAUGGAAUUUAAUUAAAAAGGAACUAAAUUUCCCUUUACCCUCUCUGAAAACUAUGCAAGAGUGGAGUUCGCGCAUUAAAAUGAACGUUGGCAUCCUCGAAGAUGUCUUACGACUAAUGAAGAUUGCAGCAACUAAUUAUACGGAAAGGGACCGUGUUGCGAUUUUAAGCUUUGAUGAAAUGUCCGUUGAUGAUACCUUCGAGUACGACAGCAGAAGUGAUACGGCUAUUGGUCCACACAAGAAUAUACAAGUCGCCAUGGCUCGAGGACUGUUUGCUCAGUGGAAGCAACCUGUGUAUGCAGCGUUUGAUGCAAAAAUGACUUCUGAAAUCCUUGAAAACAUUAUUUUUGCUCUGCAUAGAGCAGGUUUCAAUGUAGUAGGAUGUGUUUCGGAUUGCGGUGGAGGAAAUCAGGGACUCUGGAGCACCUUAGGAGUUAAUCAUGAGCACACACACAUAAUACAUCCGAUUACUGGUGAAAAUGUCUAUUUUUUGCUGAUGUUCCACAUUUGCUAAAGUUAGUCCGUAAUUGGAUUCUAGACCACGGAUUUCUUUACAAAGUUUGAUGCUUUGUAAGCUGCAUCGAGGGAUAAUGUGAAAAUGUCGCUGCGUCGCAGGAUACCAAUGAACGGAUUAAACGGACCACAAAAAAUAUGCUUGCGAUACUUAACACCGCAAAUAUUCUGCCGAGCAUAUUCCCUCUGAUUCGAGGUUAGGAGUGUAUGGAACUACGGCAGCUGAAUACUAUUGGAUGGAUAUUUUGUUGAAUUUUGGAUUGUAAAUGCAACGAAUGAUUCUUUGCACAACCAUGUACAUCGAUGUCUUCAACGCAAUAUGGACUAGUAGAAAACUAACACUAGCGAUAAGAACUAACAUAGCUAGUAAGCACUCUAAUAUUACUAACUAAUUAACAUUAGGCGACCUUUAUGUAGGAGAUAAGAGAAUAGAAAUAAAAAUAUAAUAUCAACAUAUCGAGAAAUCGUAAUCUAUAUUCGUUAUAGUGUACUUGUUGAAUUUCAUACAAAUCACUUUAACCCAUAUAAUGCAUUUGAUGCAAUGAAGCCGCACGGAAACAACGAUUUUAGAUGAGCAGCCCUUGGUUGUUGUGACAGACAAUCAAGUUUCAGUUUUUGGAAGAAAGUUGACGAGAAUAGACACAAGUUGAGUCCAGAAAGUUCCGGUCACGACAAUGGCGCAAGGAACGCUCCCGAGUAGGUAUGUUAUUGACCUGAGCAAAACAGCCGACAAGUAUGAACAACUUGUCGCGUUUUGAGGAGAAAUUGGCCUCGAGUGGCAAUUAAUAUUUUAUCAUCCGAAAUUCAAUAAAAUGGCGAUUGUGUCUCAGCCUCGAGUGGCUGAUGCUGUUUCCUCUGUGCGGGAAUAAUUUAGCCCUGAGUGGCAGUUUUUAUUAGUAAUUCCUUCGUGAGGGAAUGAUUUGGUCUUGAGUGGCCGUGUAUAAUAGAGUCCUCUGAGUGGGAAUGAUUUUGCAAUAAGCAGAUUUUUGUAUCAGUGCAAUUCCGGAAUUGGGAAUGAUUUUGCUUCGAGUGGCAUCAUUCGGAAGUUAAGCGAAAUGACAAUUGUGUUCCUCUGAGUGGGAAUGUUGCAGACAUAUUACUGUGUAUGAGUGAUUUUAAUAUUUCCCUUGAGCGGGAAUGCAUCUGAACGAAGUUGAUAGAUUUAAUUGUCAUAAGUUCGUUUUUUCACUGACAUGAUAGUGUGUGAAUUACGCGAAAGAAUGCAGUUUGUCAUUACAUAUUGAUAGUACAAGAGAGAGCUAUAAAACUGAACUAUGCGGAGUGAGUUUCGAUGGUCAGUUGCAGAAGUGGGAUAAAGACCUCGUUGAAGCAACAUGAUGGUGAGACGGAUUAAAGAACAAUAGUCCGAAGGUGCAAGUGUAAAGAGAUAUUUGUGAAGAGUAGUGUUAUGAUUAAGGUAUAAAUAAUACAAUGUUAAAAAGCAAAAAGAAAAGAGCAGAGCCUAAAGGUCAGAGAGUAAAGAGUAAAGAUGGGUAAACAGUAAAGAGAAGUAAAGAAAAAUGAGUAUAAAGUAAUGAGUAAAUAGUGAAGUGUAAAGAGUAAAUAGUAAAGAGAAAUUUGUGAGGAGUAGAAUUAUGAUCGAGAGGCCAGCACUAGCAUGUUUGAGCGCAUCGUAUUGCAAAUGCCGUAUUUUGAAUGUAAUUAAAUUUAAUGAGAUACUUCACGUAUUUACAGUUAUGGUGCAAGUACUUAAAGUAUUUAAUAUAUAUUGGCAAUACCUAAAAUGUUUUCGUUUUUGAAGUGCGAAUGUGCUGUGUUUAGAAUCUUUUCUGCUAUUUAAAGUGAUUACUUAAGUACGCCUUUUUGGCACUGCUUCGUAUUGAGGAUUUAGCGCUUACCCCUCGAACAAUGUAGAGCGAAGGGUAAAAAGAAAAUUGUAGAGCGUAAAGGAUCAAGAGUAGAGUACAGAAUCAAGAGUAAAGAGUCAAGAUUAAGGAGUAGAGAGUAAACAGUGAGUAAAAAGUACUAUAGAGUAAUAAGAAAAACGGAAUUAAAAGUAUAGAUGGUAAAGAGUAAAUAUGCGCAAAGUGUAAUAUGGGUAAAGAGUAAAAAGUAGGAAAAAGAGUAAUGAUUGAACAGUAAUGAAGAAAAUUGAUUAGUAAAAAGUACAGAAUGAAGAAUAGCGUGUAAACAGAAAAUGGUGAAUGAAGUGUAAAUGCUAAAGAGGAUAGAAUAAAAAGAAAAGCGAAAAGAUUAAGAAGUACAAAGUAAAGACUAAAGAGCAAAGAGAAAAAAACCUAGCAGUAACAAGAAAAGAGUAAAAAGUAAUAAGUGAAAUGGACUAUGCUGAAUGAGCAUAGAAGGUUAGUUGCAGAAAUAGGAUGAAUGUCUGAUGGCUUAAAGGACAAUCCUUCGAUGAAGCAAGAGUAAAGAAAUAUUAAUGCAGAGUAGAGUUAUAAACAUUUUGUAGUAAAGAGGAAAGAAUAAAGAGCAGACAACAAAGAGUAAGGUGUAAAUGGUAAAGAGUAAUGCUGUUCGCAACGCUGAUGUAUUCUCUAUGGAUUGUUCUAUUUUACAUCACCGACUAAGACAGAUCGAUCGCAAUGCUGGGAUGCAGUUCUAUUUUUCGAGAACUUUUUUGGAUCAGAUUUAAAACAGCUCGACUAUUAUGUUUUAAAUUCUCCAUAAUUUGAAACACGAAUAGAACACCCUUUAAUUUUUUUUUCAUUACUACGGCUGACAGCAGAAAAAAUAAUAUGUGUGACAUAAGUGACAAACAAUAACAAAAUCAAAUAAACAACAUUUAGAACAGGUGGCUAAAUCAUCGCAUUUGGGAACACCGUGUUCUAGAUGUAUUUUGACAGAUCCAAAUUAUCCGACGGCUUGUCAUUUUGAAACAAAUUUACCAUAGCAUUACGAACAGCCUAAAGAAUGAAGAGUAAUGACCAAAGACUGACUAGGUUUAGACUAAAGAGCAAAAAAAGUAAACAGUAAAGACCAAAAAAAGUAACGAGUCUAGAGUAAAAAAUACAAAAGAAAGAGCUAAGAAUGAACAAUGUAAAACAAAGAGUAAUGUGUAAAAAGUAAAGGGCAAAAAAAUGAAGAAUAAAAAGCUAAGAUUAUAGAGUAAGAAAUAAAGAGUAAGGUAAAGCUUGAGGACUAAAUAGUAAAUAGUAAAAUAAUAAAUAAAGAAUAAAUAGCAUCCCUGAUCGGGCCUGUUGGUGUUACAUAUAUACAAAUAUAAUUGUGUUAGUAACUCUACUACACCAUUCCACAGCCCGGGGGUUGAAGUCACCACCAAUGACUACCGGCUUCCGGUCGAUCAACUGCUCGGUUAACUGCUCCAGCAUUAGGCUGAACUGCUCUACUGUCCACCUUGAAGGAGCGUAGCAGCUACAUACGAAGAUGCCGUUGAUUUUGGCUAUCACGAAACCCUCAUAUGAACGUUAUACCACUUCUUGCAUGGGGAAUCUACUCAUUACUUGUAUCACAGCGGUUCCUGAUCUUUUCGCCACCCAGUUACCGUUAUUAGGGGGGACUUGAUAAGGCUCUGCGAUCAAAGCGACAUCGCAUAUAGUUUCUGUCGUAGACUGCCACAACAGUUGCUGUGUGGUAUCACAGUGAUUCAGGUUUAUCUGGGUCAUCUCCAUCACCGUUGGCCUGCAGUCGUCUUCUUGUAGGCUGGACAUUUAAAGCCACCCGUCUGAUGGUCGUUUCCUUCCGCUGGGGUGAAAAGCAAGCACUUCGGCCUCACGGUGUUCCUAAAACCGUUAUUAACAAAGAAAAAUGACCAUAAAUUUGUCAUACAGCAUUCGAAAGAUACAGUAUUCAAGCAUCUUCUCAGUGAAUUUCAAAAUGAUCCAUCGAGGGAUUCGAGAGAAAUAGCAAUUUGAAGUUUUAUGACACGUUUCAUAAGGCUUCCAGCGACGGUCGUCAAACGGUGGGAUAACAAAAUUCUCACAAGUUUCCUAUCUCAUGCCUCCACGCGAGUCUAAGUCUAUUGAUGACAUUUGGUCCUUAGACCGGCGACGACUGGGUGCUAUCAGCCUUCUGCCGAUAGUAGCAGAAUGAGAGGGUGCGAACAGAUCUAGUCGAGAAAACAUUGCCGUAAAAAUGAAUAGUUGAUCGGAAAUUAGCCCCAAUACGAAUAAUCUGACUAGUAUCUAUGAUCACGGGUCAAUACGUAUUGAAAAUUCGCCGCGUCUGUUUUUAUGAACCUAAUUUCAAGCUCCGUUAUUGCUAACAAGCCCGUGCAUCAGGUUAACAAUCCUUUAUAUUUCCCUCCAGUGUUCGUUAUUAUCGCUCGUAUACUUGUAUUCCACAAAUCUGAUAUGGAAAAUAAGAAAUACUUUCCCUGAUUUAUAACAUCUCGCGCUAUUUUUGGCUAUAUAAUGUGUCACUCCGAGUGGAGUUCAAAUUGCUUUUGUUUAGGGAACAUAGUAUUCUCUCAGUAGCCGGCUGCCCAGAGUUUAAAAAAAAACCAAAAACUAAAGAAGAUCUCUUUUUCGAGUGAUCGUGCACUCGAAGACUAACUAAACAACUACGUAAUAAAAUAUGCUUUACAGGUCGCAUCGCUUGCUUGGAGCGAAUCCUAGACCUGAUACCCUUCCAAACUACCAACUCCGCGACACCUAUGGAAGAGUCUGAUGAAUCGUCGUCCUUCCGUUAAGUAGGUGGAGCAUCAACACUUCCUGGCUACCUUAUCCUUUAUCCUUCCCCGUGAACGAUGGAGAUGGGGGCGGCCGGCAAUGAUGGCUAUCAUGCUGUUGAGGUUUUAAUAUGGGUCGAAUUGGUAUGAAUUCCUACUUACCAUUUCCUAAGCAACUCUUAUUAGAUAAUCAGCAGUCAAACAUGAUGAAGUCAGUGUGCAAUCCGCCAAAAUCAUCGUCACAACGCAACGCAACGCAACGCAACGCAAAUAAUAAAUAAAGAAUAAAUACUAAGAAUGAAGAGUGUUUACUAAUAAAGAGAAAAAAGAAUAUAAUGAAUAAUAAAACAUAAAUAAUAAGAAGCAGAUAAUAAUAAAACGUAGUGCAAAAUCUAUACUAUAAAAUGAAUAGUAAAAGGCAUCCAAAUCAUAUGAAAAGCUAUUUGUUAGAAACAAAAGUCAGAAUAAAUUAUGGCUUGCAUAAUUUUAUUAGUCGGGAUUUUUUGUAUCAUUAAAACUUGUAUCUGAGUUACACAAAAACCUUAUUAUAUAGAGGAUGCAUUCUUAAUUCACAUUCACAAAUAGAGUAGAAGAGGAGGAAGAUGUAGGAGAUAAGAGAAUAGAAAUAAAAAUAUAAUAUCAACAUAUCGAGAAAUCGUAAUCUAUAUUCGUUAUAGUGUACUUGUUGAAUUUCAUACAAAUCACUUUAACCCAUAUAAUGCAUUUGAUGCAAUGAAGCCGCACGGAAACAACGAUUUUAGAUGAGCAGCCCUUGGUUGUUGUGACAGACAAUCAAGUUUCAGUUUUUGGAAGAAAGUUGACGAGAAUAGACACAAGUUGAGUUCAGAAAGUUCCGGUCACGACACUUUAGAAAUAGGUAGGAUUCUUCUUUGGUUGAUCCGUUUUAAAGUUACUGAAUUUUACU